AUGUCACCCUCAGUGGUGGUCCAUCCAGGGGAUAAUGUCACCCUGCAGUGCAUCAAUGUCCUUAAAAAACUUUUUUUUUUAAAUGGGAUACGUUGGCUGAUUCAAGCAAGUCAACGGCUCAGAGCCCCUGUGCAUCACGUCUAUGUGUAGCUCUCUUCAAACUGUUUAUCAUUAAAAUGGAUUUCAGGGCAAGCACAUGAAAAUGUUAAUAGAGCUAUCGUUCUCAAAAUCACAGAGGUGGAUGUAGCUGAUUCUGGUCUGUACUUCUGUGGAAUGCUGGAUAACUAUUUCAUCUUCACCAACGCGACUGUCCUGAAGGUCUAA